AUGGAGGAUCUCGAACAGACCUGCGCAUCGCUGCGCGCGCAAAUUGCUGCCACAGAGGCGCAGCUUGCCGGUCUGAAACGCGAGCUUCAGGUCGCAGAGCAAGCUGCACUCAACUCACAGAGUCAGCAUACUGACACGGAGGAGAGUCGAUGGCCACUUCUCGCUGAGGAGUACCGGCGUUAUGGGAGGCAGAUGAUUGUGCCGCAGCUGGGAGUACAGGGUCAAUUGAGACUCCGAUCGGCGAAAGUCCUGAUUGUCGGCGCAGGUGGACUGGGAUGCCCGGCUGCGAUGUAUCUUGCUGGAGCUGGCGUGGGGACACUAGGAUUGGUGGACGGGGACACCGUUGAAUCGUCAAACUUGCACCGCCAGGUUCUGCAUCGCAGCCGAAACGUGGGGAAGAUGAAGGUGGACAGCGCGAUUGAGUAUCUCCAGGAAUUGAACCCUCAUCCCACUUACAUCGCCCAUCGAGCGCAUCUAGCACCCGACGCUGCAGCGGAUAUCUUCAAAGACUACGAUAUCGUACUAGAUUGUACGGAUAACCCCGCAACUCGGUACCUAAUUUCCGAUACGGCCGUGCUGCUGGGCAAGCCGUUGGUUUCAGCAUCCGCCCUGAGGACGGAAGGACAACUGAUGGUACUGAACAACCCGCCUCGACCUGCGGGCGACGAAACCGGCGGACCGUGCUAUCGCUGCGUGUUUCCCCGACCCCCACCAGCAAACACGGUCACCAGCUGCGCGGAUGGAGGCAUCCUGGGACCCGUGGUUGGGACGAUGGGCGUCCUGCAGGCUCUGGAAGCCAUCAAGGUGAUUACGGCCGACGACACGCAGCCCCCCAGCCCUCCGUCGCUGCAUAUCUUCUCCGCGUACUCUACGCCUUUGUUUCGGUCGAUCAAGCUGCGCUCCCGCCGCGCCAACUGCGCGGUAUGCUCUGCAGAGUCGACUGUAAACCUGGAUACGGUGCGUUCCGGCUCCACGGAUUAUGUCUUCUUCUGCGGCAGUGCCGAUCCGGAGAUGCUGCUCGCGCCGGAGGAACGGGUUUCGCCGCUGGAGUACCGGGAGCUGCACCCUCAGUCGUCGGCUGCGGAAGAGAGCAGGCAGCCGACGAUGAUCGACGUGCGGGAGAAGGUGCAGUUCGACAUCUGCAAUCUCGAGAACAGUAUCAAUAUCCCGAUCUCCACGAUCCUGGCAUCUUCUGCUAGCAAGGGUGAUGACGCUGCUGCCCAGCUUCCAGCGUGGGUGCCGGCGGAGCUUGCUGCUGCGGACUCGACGGACCCGAUCUACGUGGUGUGUCGCAUGGGCAACGAUUCCCAGAUUGUAGUGAAGAAACUGAAGGAGCUGGGACUGGAUCGUGAAGGGCGACGCAAGGUUGUCGAUAUCCGGGGAGGCUUCCGCUCGUGGAGGGAACAGCUGGACCCUGAGUGGCCUGAGUAUUAG